AUGUCCCCCGACCAACAGUACUGGCUUCCGGGGUAUGGCCUGUCCCGACAUAUUGUCUUAGGGCAUAUUCAUUACUUCUUGGGCCCGACUGCGUCAGUCAGACCCUAUAGCUAUCAGGGACGUGAAGGAUAUCUCAUCAACGGCGUGCCUCUCACGCGGGAACAAAUUGAUGACCUCGCAACUAUGUCCCGGGAAUACGAAAGACAAGAGGCAGCUCGUAUGACCCAUAACAAUGGCACUGCAACCUCCAGUCCAGGAAGCGAUAAUUCAUCCUAUCACACCUCCCAUGAGACCUUUAUCAAUGAGAUUAUCCCGAUCAACACGUCUGCUCCACGCAGACGGGACCAAGAUUCGCGAGGUCGUUGA